AUGCGCCUCAGGUUGGACUCUGCCGAUGUUCUCACACAGAAGGCAGCUGUAGUGGAAGUCAGCACAACAGCUGCUCAGCUCACCGCCGGACGAUCCUGGAGCUCCUGUUCUACCAACACAGUUACAGCUGUAGUAGUAAAUACUGUGAAAGCAGAAGCAGCCACCGAGGUGGUAGUGAUACCAUCCAACAGCAGCCGAGAUUCUCCUCAGCUGUCAGGGGGAGCAGAGGGCCGUACAGCUGAGCCGCUGCACUCAACAACGAUGGACUUUGUGAAGAUGUUGAUGUUGAUUUUGGCGCUGUCCGGCCCAACCAGAUGCCAGAACAGGAGGAGGAAGGGUCAGAGAGAUGAGAACCAGGUUAUCAUCAACGAGACCAAAACCCUGAUCUGCCCAGUGGAGAUCAUGUUCAUCGUGGACAGCUCAGAAAAAGCCAAAUCUCUGCUGUUUGAGCGACAGAAGGACUUCGUUCUGCGCUUCAGCACCAAGCUCAUGCAGCUGCACUCCGCCGGCUGGCGCCUGCGCCUGCGCCUGGCCGCCCUGCAGUACAGCAGCACCGUGUCUGUGGAGCACAACUUCAGAGACUGGCAGGACCUGGACGUCUUCCAGAGCCGGGUGGCCUCCAUGACCUUCAUCGGCCACGGCACCUACUCCGCCUACGCCAUCACCAACGCCACCAAGGUGUUCAGCCGAGAGACGUCCUCCAGCAGCCUGAGGGUGGCGCUGUUGAUGACGGACGGGAUGGACCACCCGCGCAGCCCCAGCGCCGUGACAGCCGCCGCUGAAGCCAAGCAGCACAACAUCAGGGUGUUCACCAUUAGGCUGUCCGGACCGCCCAGGGAAGGCUCCAUGGGAACGAAGCUGAGAUCGAUCGCCAGCGCCCCCCCACAGCAGCACGUCCUCAGCCUCACCGACAGCCAGCUGGACGACAGACUCUUCAAUGAACUGGUCAGUGAUUGCCCACAACCAAAGACGUGUCUGUGUGAGAGAGGAGAGAGGGGUCAUCCAGGAGGCCCGGGGAAGCCAGGCGAGCCAGGGGCUGACGGAGCUCCAGGUCCAAAGGGGUCUCGUGGGGAACCUGGCAUCAAUGGACGUCCAGGAAUGGAGGGCCUUGAGGGACUACCUGGUAGCAAAGGGGAAAAGGGGGAACAGGGUGAAUGUGGCGCCGCUGGUAAAAAGGGAGAACAGGGUGCUGUUGGACCUGCUGGCCCCAGAGGACCCAGAGGAGAGCAGGGAGCCAGAGGGGCACCUGGAGACCAGGGCUCAGAGGGGGCAUCUGGAUCUAAAGGUGAGCGAGGACCAAGAGGUGCAACUGGAGCUCCAGGAGAUAACGGCGUAGGGUUCCCUGGUCCCAAGGGUGACAAAGGUAACCAAGGAAGACCAGGACAACCUGGACCAAUGGGUAUGGGCGAACCAGGGAUGCCGGGUCAAGCAGGACCUCCUGGGAUACAAGGUUCUCCAGGCUUUCCAGGUGAGGGCCUCCCAGGAUCCAAGGGUGACAGGGGGUAUGAGGGUCCCAAGGGCAGUCGGGGACCUCCAGGAGUCGGCUACAAAGGUGAUAAGGGAAAUACAGGAGCUACUGGGCUGCCAGGUUUGGUCGGGUUUCCAGGGGCCGGCAUCCAAGGAGAGAAGGGGGACCAAGGGCCGGUGGGGCCUUCUGGUCCCAGAGGACCUCCAGGACUGGGCAUAGUGGGACCAAAGGGUGACCAGGGGUUCCCUGGAGAACCGGGACCUCAGGGAGAGAGGGGUGCGGGUGAACCAGGACCAAAGGGUGAGCCAGGACCUGAUGGGGCUGCUGGGAUACCUGGCAUUCCUGGUGAAGAUGGAGCUGUUGGGCCUAAGGGAGAGAUGGGGUUGCCAGGUCUGCGAGGCCUCGAGGGAGCACCUGGAAAAGGCAUGCCUGGAGAAAAGGGAGAUCGAGGUGACCGAGGCCCAAGGGGACUUUCAGGGUCUCCAGGGCCGGUUGGACCCGCUGGAGCUAAGGGAGAGCCUGGCAGCUCAGGAAUGAUGGGCCCACCUGGACCUGCUGGGCGGGGCUUUCCAGGACCAAAGGGAGAUCCUGGGCCUGUGGGACCAUCUGGGCCUGUUGGAGAACCUGGAGUAGGAAUCAUUGGGCCAAAGGGGAACAAAGGAAACACUGGGCCUGUGGGGCCACCGGGGAUGAAGGGAGAGGGCUUACCAGGACCACAGGGUCUGCCUGGCUUACCAGGACUUCAAGGAGAGCUGGGACCUGAAGGGAAAGGACUGCCUGGACCAAAGGGUGACCGAGGCCUACCAGGCGUCCCAGGACCAUCAGGGGCUCCUGGAAUCGGACUUUACGGACCAAAGGGCUCUACAGGGCAGCCUGGUCCAACUGGCCAGCCUGGACCUCCAGGAGAGGGCAUCCCAGGACCAAAGGGAGAACCUGGGUUUCAGGGACCAAUGGGUCCUCGGGGGACACCAGGAGAUGGUCUUCCAGGGGAGAAGGGCGAUCGAGGCAUUCCUGGAGACAGAGGAAAGAAAGGAGACAAGGGAGACUAUGGAGAGCCUGGAUCACCUGGACCAAUGGGGAGAACUGGAGAGAAGGGAGAACCAGGACUGACAAGCGAAGAAGUCAUCAGAAUAAUCAGGGAAAUCUGUGGCUGUGGUCUCAAGUGCAGAGAGAGCCCGCUGGAGCUGGUGUUUGUCAUCGACAGCUCUGAGAGUGUUGGACCAGAAAACUUUGAGCUGGUGAAGGACUUUGUCAACGGUCUUAUUGAUCGGAUGACAGUAAGCCGGGAGGCCAGCCGGGUCGGCGUGGUACUGUACAGUCACAUUGACGUCGUGGUGGUCAGUCUGCAGCAGCAGUCCAGCCAGGAAGACGUCAAGGCCGCCGUCAGGAAGAUGCCCUAUCUGGGCGAGGGCACCUUCACAGGCAGUGCCAUCCAUCGAGCCAACCAGCUGUUCCAGGCCUCUCGGCCCGGUGUGAGGAAGGUGGCCGUGGUUUUAACGGAUGGGCAGGCCGACCCGCGUGACGUCAUGCAGUUCGAAGACACAGCCACAGAGGCCCACGCAGAUGGGAUAGAGGUGUUCGUCGUGGGAGUUGUGAACAAGACGGACCCCCUGUAUGAAGAGUUCCAGUCUGAGAUGGAUGUUAUUGCCUCUGAUCCGGAUGAAGAGCAUGUCUACCUCAUAGAUGACUUCAGGACACUUCUUACUCUGGAGACUACCUUACUGAGUCGGAUCUGUGAGCAGGACACGAUGGCCUUCCUACCAAACUUUCCGUCUGUGAAAACCCUCCCACCGGCUCCAGAAGCCCCUCGUUCUCAAGAGUUCCCAGAGGAGGAAAACAGACAACUUGAACACCCAGAGGAACCGGUAACAGCGCCGCCCCCACAGGCCCCUGAGUCGCGGCGGCUGGAUGAGAACCAGGGUAACACUGAACUGCUGGUGGAGCCCUGGAACGAGCUGCCAGACAUCACGCUGUCGUCUCCUGGUGGGAAGCAGGGUCCAGGGGUGACCUCUGUGGUGGGUCCUCAGAGUCCCACUGACUGGCUGUAUGAGACAGAAAGCACACAGGCGCCCUCCAGCCCUCCUCCUCCUCCACCCCUGACGGACUCACCACUGUCAGAUGAGGGGUGCGAUCAGCCUCUGGACCCCGGCCCCUGUCGACAGUAUGUAGUCCGGUGGUACUACGACCCUGAGGCCAACGCCUGCGCCCAGUUCUGGUUCGGAGGCUGUGGAGGCAACGCAAACAACUUUGAGACGGAAGCCGCUUGCAGGAACACCUGCGUCUACACGUAACAGACUGUCUCUGGAGAGAAGAGUGUGUGCCAGCUAACAUGCUCCAUCAGCGCCACUGAGGACCAGCGUGACGUAGCGACGUAGGCUUUACUGUUGGACCGGAGCUCAGGGCGCUGCUGCCGUCGUGCUCUGUGGACUGCUGCAGGCGGUGAGACGAUGGAGAGCAGAUAUGGACCGCCACACCGUCUCUCAGACUACGUUCACACCGCAGGAGCUCCACUCUCACCUGCUCUACAUGUAUUACCUGUCUUGUUUUGUUCCAUCUUCCAGGACUCAUUUUAAAUGCAUUUUGUUUUGUUCUCACUUUCUUUCUGUUGCUGUCAGGUCGUCAUUCAGGCUAAAACUGAAUCACCAGGUCCUAUAACAUAAGGUCAACACAGAGCCCACUGAGCCGAACACUGAUGGUGCUGAAUGACUUGAGCUUUCACUUUCAGUCUACUUUCAUACCGUACGAGUCCGUACUGUCACACUGUACAGUAGCAUCACAAUUAGAAUAACACAAAGGAGCUGUAGACACUAUUUCCAAAUAUAGUUAAAUAGUAAAGCAGAAACCAGAGGUAGCUGGCGUCAUUGUGCAGACCUCAGGAAGUACUGGUCUCCAUGGCAACGACAAACACACAGAGCAAGUCAAACAAGUUAAAAUAAAUACACUUACAUAACUGUAAAUGAAUAUAAGACUGAUAUUUUCAGA